AUGUAUGUCAUUGAUUUUGUUGUAGAUGAGAUCAGGAACGGCCACUACCGUCAGCUGUAUCACCCUGAACAACUCAUCAGUGGCAAGGAAGACGCUGCCAAUAACUACGCUCGUGGCCAUUACACCAUCGGCAAGGAGAUUGUGGACUCUGUCAUGGACAGGAUGCGCAAAAUGGCUGACCAAUGCACUGGACUACAAGGGUUCCUCAUCUUCCAUAGUUUUGGAGGAGGGACCGGCUCUGGCUUUGGGGCCCUGUUGAUGGAAUGCCUGUCUGUGGAUUACGGCAAGAAGUCUAAACUAGAGUUCUCAGUUUACCCUGCUCCCCAGGUGUCCACAGCAGUGGUGGAGCCCUACAACUCCAUCCUGACCACCCACACCACCCUGGAGCACUCUGACUGCUCUUUCAUGGUGGACAACGAGGCCAUCUUUGACAUCUGCAAGCGUAACCUGGGAGUGGAGCGGCCAUCUUACACCAACCUGAACCGCCUCAUUGCCCAGAUUGUCUCUUCCAUCACAGCCUCCCUGCGCUUCGAUGGAGCUCUCAACGUAGACCUGACAGAGUUCCAGACCAACCUUGUGCCUUACCCCCGUAUCCACUUUCCCCUGGUCACCUACGCUCCCAUCAUCUCAGCAGAAAAGGCCUACCACGAGCAGCUCUCUGUCCCUGAGAUCACCAACGCCUGCUUUGAGCCGGCUAACCAGAUGGUGAAGUGUGAUCCCAGACGCGGCAAGUACAUGGCCUGCUGCUUGCUGUACCGUGGCGACGUGGUUCCCAAAGAUGUCAACGCAGCCAUCGCCAGCAUCAAGACCCGGCGCAACAUCGAGUUUGUGGAUUGGUGUCCCACUGGGUUCAAGGUGGGUAUUAACUACCAGCCCCCUACGGUGGUUCCUGGAGGAGACCAGGCCAAGGUCCAGAGGGCUGUGUGUAUGCUGAGUAAUACCACAGCCAUCGCUGAGGCUUGGAGUCGUCUGGACCACAAGUUUGACCUGAUGUAUGCCAAGAGAGCCUUCGUGCACUGGUAUGUAGGUGAGGGCAUGGAGGAGGGGGAGUUCUCUGAGGCCAGAGAGGAUAUGGCUGCUCUGGAGAAGGACUAUGAGGAGGUGGGGGCGGACUCUGGGGACGCCUGUGAGGAUGAAUAA